AGUGUGUCCAAUCAAAAUUCUUUCUCAUGAACUUUGGGAGCCAAUGAGAGCCAGAGCACAAGGGCGUGUUGUCUCUACUUAAAUCGUUGUUUGCUUUGAACGUUUUACACGAACGCAUUUUACCUGCGAAGGACACAACGCGUCUCUGCACCAGAAAUCUCCCAAAAUGUGCGACAAGGCAGCAGUCAAGGGGGUGGUGGACUUUGACAAGGGAACGCUGAAGAAGAUUGAAACCGAAGAAAAAAACUCUCUUCCAGAUGUUGAAACAAUUAAAGAAGAGAAGAGAGCCAUAGUGGAGAAAUGUUGCAAGGAUCAGAUCAAUCAAGGGGUGGCAACUUUUAAAGAGGAAACCCUACACAAGGUUGACACGAAGGAAAAAAACACUCUUCCAACUGUUGAGGUAAUACAAGAAGAGAAGAAAGCCAUUGAAGAGAAAGCGUGCAGAGACUCACUCAAUCAGGAGGUGGAGAAAUGUUCCCAGAAAAAGCUAAGGAAGACUUCCACACAAGAAAAAAACAUAGUUCCAACUCAGGAGGUCAUUGAAGAAGAGAAGAAGGCCAUCAAAGAGAAAGCGUGCAGAGACUCACUCAAUCAGGAGGUGGAGCACUGCAGCAAGGACAAGCUCAAGAAGACUUGCACGAAAGAGUGUAACCAUGUUCCAACUCAGGCGGAAAUUGAACAAGAGAAGAAAGCCAUGAAAGAGGGGAAGUAACUGAAACGUACCUGCCAUGAUCCUCCUCUUUGAGUCCCGCCCUGUUACCUGCUCUUGCUCCAAUUUGGAUUCCUGUCCAUCGCCUCUGCCUCUGCCUGUUUUCUUUGUCGCCAUGUUUGAUUAUAAAAUGGUGUUUGGGCUGAUGCUACGGGGAAAGAUCUGCCUGUAAUCCCAAGUUAAAUAAUGCAUUGGAUGUAUUUUAUUAUAGUUUUUCCAUGCUGUUUAGAAAGGGGUGAACAGAGCAAGAUAAUGAUUUGACAGGGUCUGUUUUUCUUUAAAACUGAGAAAAAAAAAUCAUUAAAUAUUGUAUUAAUGGAAAUCCAUAUAUUGCUUUGUUAACAAUGCCAUAAGUAUCCCUGUAAAUGUUGCCAUUCAGGAAGUAUUCUGAUAAAUAACAUAAGAACACAUAAGAUUUUUUUUUUUUUUUUUUUUAAAUAAAAAUGGAUGUAUCAAAA